AGUAUUUCUACGUAAUCAUUAUUUAGGAACGUCAGCGACGCAUGUUGCUUCAGUAAAACCUGUGAAAGCUGCUACGUUUCUGCAUAUUCAUGGCAAAUGGGUGUAAAGAUGUGCUUUUUGCUCGUGGAGCUGGACAAAGUGACGAUUCUGAUAUUUGGGAUGACACUGCUCUGAUAAAGGCCUACGACAAAGCGGUUGCAUCAUUUAAGACGGCCCUGAAAGGCGAGGAGGACCCAACAGGCUCUACAAAAGACAACCCUGCAAAGAAGCGAAAGAACAACAAAAAGAACGGCAGCAGGAAGAAAAGUAAUACCCCUGCUGACAAAGAGUGGCGAGUCGGGGACCCCUGUCAUGCCUACUGGUCUGAAGAUGGCAACCUGUAUGCUGCCUCAAUCACCUCCAUAGACCAGGAGAGGGCCACCUGUGUAGUGAUGUUCACAGGCUACGGGAACGAGGAGGAGCAGAACCUCCAGGACCUUCUAACUGAGAGCUCCGAGGUAGAGGAGGAGGCCCCCAGCAAGGUUAAAGAAGCAGAGUCUUCCACGGAGGAGAGCGAUAGGUCGUCCGCCCCGCCCUCUCGCAGUAAGACACUCCACUCUAAACCCAAAUCCAAACCCGCCAAAGGACCUCCAGCGUGGGGCCCACGCUUUCCUCCCAGCCUCCCUCCCAUGCCGGGCUCCAGAACGGGAGACUCCAGACGGCCCGGGGCCUCGGGGCCCGCCCCUCCUGGAUGGCCUCCGUUGCUCUCCUGCGGGCCACCUAUGAUCCCUCCGCCUCCCCCCAUGAGUCCAGACGGUGAGGACGACGGGGCCCUGGGCAGCAUGCUGAUCGCCUGGUAUAUGAGUGGCUACCACACUGGAUAUUACCUGGGGUUGAAACAAGGCCGGAAAGAAGCAGCUUCUGAAAGGAAGGCUCAGCCCAAGUGAUGAUGCAGAAUUUUGUCCUUACCUGACAUGUUUUCAUCCCUGAUGCUGAGGACGGGAUUGCUGUGAACUAUUUCUGUUAGAAACUGUUUCAGAGUUUUGUAUUCUUUGUAAAUAAAACAAAUAAAGGCUAUCUUAAGCUCACA